GGACCCAUUCCGGCUUGUACCAGACGUUCACUCCCAAUUAAGCUGUGACCUUGUGCUAACUGAACACGACGUGCACACAAUAUCCCGGGUGACACAAUGAGCGCCCUGUUUGCGCGGGUGUUCCGGCAGGCUUGGACCACGUUCGAGCACACGAGCGUCUCCGAUACGAAGUUCGCCAGCAACCUACACGCGCUGCGGCGUCUCGUGGAUCAGCUAACACUGGCCGACAUCGGGCUGGAUGCGUCCCUUGUCGCGACGGAAACGUUCCAACAGUCAUCCAAAGCACCCUGCACGUACGUGGGCGUAUUCGAGAACGAUCGGUUUGCGAUGUCGGUGUUUGUGCUGCGAGAGAAUUACACCAUGCCACUGCAUGACCAUCCCCGGAUGCACGGGUUGCUUCGAGUGGUAUCGGGGGCAGUGCAGAUCUGCAGCUAUAGCGAGGUGUUUCGACACGAUGCCGCCCCCGAGAGUGGAGGUACACACCGGCGGCACGUGCUGGUAGCGGCUGAACCAGAGAAAAUCAUCAGCUCGAGUGUGGGCGAUUGUGCGGUGUUGACACCGACGGAGCGCAAUUUUCACGAGAUCACCGCCAUCGGUGGUCCGGCGGCAUUCUUUGACAUUCUCAGUCCGCCGUACAAUUCGUCCGAACAGCCGCAAUACUAUUUCUACCGAAAGGUGCCGGUUCCGCGACACCUGGCCGAGAUGGAACCGCUUGGGUUCGCCGGUCCCGACAAACCGUCCGUUCAGGACGACGAACGGCCACGGUACGUGCUCGAAACGAUCCCCAAUCCGGACCACUACUACUGUGAUACCGUGCACUACACCACGCCGGACUUUAUGUACCAUCAGGAGGGAAGCGCCUCGAUCGAGCAAAACGAAUCAACGGAUCGAAACAACGUGUAAUUCUGCAACGGCAAUAUCGUCUCCCGUGGCAGCUGCUGGGCCGGAAUUAUUCGCGCUCGGUCCUUCUCCUCUUUUGUUAUUGUAUCUUUGUUUUUUUCCUUCGUUUGUUGAUCCUUCCCCAAGCGGGAAAAGUCGUAGUAAGGCAUCUCGUAUGCCCGGCAGUAACGCCACCUUCACCUGCGUUUCUUGACUAGAAAUACACACACGCGCGCGCGUAGUAACGUCUCGGACAGGGAUAGUAGCGGCAAAGCUAACUAAGCAUUACUUUGUUCAAUAAAACCAAAUUAAAUAACACAAUUUGC